AUGGGCGCCGCCGCGACGAACCCCGCCCUCGUCGCCGCCCUCGUCGCCCUCGUCGUCGCGCAGGCGCUGAAACCGCUCACCGCGCGCGUCGCCGGUGGCGCCUGGCGACCGUCCCUCGCGGUCGGCUCCGGUGGGUUCCCGAGCUCGCACAGCGCGUUCGUCACCGCGCUCGCGUCGGGGACUGGGGUGAGCGCGGGCUUGGACGCGCCCUCGUUCGCGGUCGCCUGUGGGCUCGCGGCGGUGGUGAUGUACGACGCGAUGGGGGUGCGGUUACACGCGGGACGACAGGCGGAGGUGAUCAACACGCUCGUCGCGGGCGUGUACGGAUCGAGAGAGGGUGGGGGUGGGGUGGGGCGAGACGUCGAGCGGGGCGGGGCGAAUUUACACACGGAUGGGUCGGAGGGUGAGGGCACGCUCGCGGACACGCUGUUCGACGAGGGGUUCGACGCGUUUUUGAGUAAAAUCCAAGAAAGGCCUCUGCGCGAGCACAUCGGGCACACCCCGGUGCAGGUCCUCGCGGGGGCGGUGACUGGGAUCGUCAUCGGGGUCUCCGUGAGCUUUAGCAUGAUCUCCGCGUGA